GCAUAUCAUAUUUUAUAAAAGCGGGUUGGCUUCCUUUACAAAAGAUUGAUUAACAAAGAAUCUUGAAAUAAAAAGUCAAGAACAGCUUGACCAUGACAACAAGCACGUAACUUGGUUCCUUUCUUUAGAAGAAACCCCUAAAGUGGUUUUCAAUUUCAUUUUUUUUUUUUUUUUUGAAAAUAUAACAGCAACCACGAUACCCAAUUCCGUGUUUUUUGAAAAAAUGUUAUGAGUUUUGGUUUUUCUUGUUAUUCUAGUUCAAUUUGAUAGCCGAGUUUUUGGUCUUGUAUGAGCUGGAGCAAGAAUUUUGAAGCUAUGGAUUGUAAGUCAUUCUUUUGCUGCAUGAAGGGUUCAGAUCGGAAAGAGAAAGGGAAGAAAGAAUCAACAUGGAGGAUAUUUUCGUUGAAGGAAUUGCAUGCUGCUACAAACAAUUUUAAUUAUGACAACAAGCUUGGUGAAGGUGGAUUCGGCAGUGUUUAUUGGGGUCAGCUAUGGGAUGGAUCUCAAAUUGCAGUGAAAAGGUUGAAGGUCUGGAGCAAUAAAGCAGAAAUGGAAUUUGCUGUUGAGGUUGAGAUACUCGCUCGAGUUAGACACAAGAACCUGCUCAGUUUACGUGGCUAUUGUGCCGAAGGACAAGAAAGAUUAAUUGUGUAUGAUUACAUGCCUAAUCUCAGUUUACUCUCUCACCUUCACGGUCAACACUCAGCUGAAAGCCUUCUUGACUGGCCACGAAGAAUGACUAUUGCAAUUGGGUCUGCAGAAGGGAUUGUUUAUCUUCACCAUCAUGCAACACCACACAUAAUACAUAGAGAUGUUAAAGCAAGUAAUGUGUUGCUGGACUCUGAUUUCAAAGCUCAGGUGGCUGAUUUUGGAUUCGCAAAGCUGAUACCUGAUGGUGCAACACAUGUAACCACCCGGGUCAAAGGGACUCUAGGGUACCUAGCCCCAGAAUAUGCCAUGUUAGGGAAGGCAUCAGAGAGUUGUGAUGUUUACAGUUUUGGGAUUCUUUUACUUGAGCUUGCUAGCGGCAAGAAACCUAUUGAGAAAAUAAAUGCAACCACAAGAAGAUCCAUCACAGAAUGGGCUCUGCCAUUGGUAUGUGAAAAGAAGUUUAGUGAAAUGGCAGAUCCAAAGAUGAAUGGGAAGUAUGUAGAAGAAGAGUUGAAGCGAGUUAUACUUAUUGGGCUUAUAUGUGCACAUAAUCAGCCCGAUAAAAGACCUACAAUGCUUGAGGUGGUUGAGUUGCUAAAAGGAGAAUUGAAAGACAAAUUUGCUGCUAUAGAGAACGAUGAGAUGUUUGGAAUGGGUAAGGCUGCUGAGCACAAUGAUGGGGUAUCAGUUGCAGACAAUAGUUCGGACUUCAUUUCAGAAGAGAAAUAACAAAUACAAGAAAUCGAGAAGACGACGUGGGAUUGUAAAAAGGCGUGGUAUUUUUUCUUAUUUUUGCCAGUAUGUUGGUUCAUUAUAUAUGCCAUCUAUUGAGGGCGUGGUGUGUAUGUUGUUGCAGAUUUGUGUGAUAUGGCGAUUGUAGUGUUAAGGUUGGAGUUCUUAACUUAUUUUAUAGUAGUAAUGUAUGUAUUUAGGGAAAUCAUGGUUUUUUAAAGUGGUUUCUGUUGAUUUUUGUAAGUUUUAUUAUGCUUGCUAUACAAUGAGGGCACUUUGAUCUGUAAAGUCUGGAAUCGAGGUUUCACCACUGUUACGGUGUUGCCUUCCAGAGCUAAUAUAAUCAACAAUCAUGUUUACUAAA